CUUCAACAGCCCCAGCUCUUCCCUACAAUCACAAAAAUGGCGGCGCCUCAGGUAACCACUCACCUUCAGCGGAUUCUUUGCACGUCUUGGGCUACGAAUCCGCUCCUCCACCCGCUCCUCCAAACCGCCCGAAGCCAACCCAGUAGAAUCGAUUCACUACUCCGUCCCCACCUCCACGAACACCAUUUUCCGCAAGAACUCGAAGUCUACAUAACAGAUUAUGUUAAUAUCACCAUAACGCCGGGGCUCUAUGGAGACGAAACACCUCACCGUCCACCGUGGUACUACGCGAACAGCCUCCUCUAUGGCAUGCUAUUAGGACGAGCAUAUACGCUACUUUCCACUCCAGUCCGUCCGCCGAAGUCGUUGUCCAGUCUGUCCGACUUCCCAUUCCCUAAACUUCCCGCCGAAUUGCGAUUACAAAUAUACGAGUACUACAAGGAAGUUUCAGCGCAGAGGCAGCGGUACUGGGUCAUCAUGACGCGCAUCUUCCUCAAGGCACUCUGGUCUGGAUAUGAACCCGAGGAGGGCUCGCGAUAUAUUACAGGAAUCCUACUGCUCACAUGCGGCCAUGCUCUUUCAUCUACCGCGCCACUUCUCCGCGGCCAUGGCAGGAGCUGGAUAUGGUGGGACGACCGAAUCAAAGACCCUGAGCACACCUGGGGUUGGCAAGAGCUCCUUGAAGCCAUCAUGAAAACAUCUGAGCUUCCGCGCCACAAUACGGACAUAAAGAAGCUGAGGAAGAGGUGGGAAGAAGCCCGUCAGAUUGGCUUUUCCUCGUAUUGGGGGUUCUCGGAAGGGCCUGGUAGGGACCUCGAAUCGUUACAUAAGCAUUACGAGUAUGUGUCGAAGGAAGUUUUGGAAGUUAUGGAUUUGGCACGCGAGCAUCUGAGGACGGAUGAACGGGAUUGGACACCUCCAGAGAUCACCACCAAGUUCUUUAACCAGCUAUUUGAAGGGAAUGAGGAGGGCAAACGUGUGUGGCAAGCCACUGGAAUAGUCCCUGAUGCGCUGGAAGUGCAGUCUGAAGAGGAUGCAGCGAUCAACGAAGCGAAUACAUAA